AUGAGCUCGGCUUCAUCGCUCCCUGCCCCGGCGCAUAUUCUCGCGGAUUCCAUGCUGUCGCGCCACUUUGGCCGGGAGACGGCGAACUACUUCUCCAGCUCCCCCCUGAACCGCCUCUCAUUCCUCCGGUCAGACCAUCCUUUUCUAUCCACGGCCCUGAAGCACCCAUCUACUCGAUUCGUCCUGCUGAACAACCUCGCGCCACUGACUCGGUCAUCCGCGGAGCUGUACUAUGCCAAACAUGAGGAAGUGGCCAAGCUAGUUCCCCAGGACAUCUUUGAUAAGUCCGAGGAAGAUAUGAUCAAGAGUUAUGACUCGCGGAAAACUCAUCCGACCCUGAUUUUCUUGGGCUUGGAUGAAGGCCAGAAAGCAGGCGGCAUGGCAUGGAAGGUCUACACCGGCACGCCGUACUUCGCGGUUGACGUGACUCCCAAGGGCUCGGAAGAGCAGCAGACUGCGGCAAAGGAUAUCAUUGGAGCCAUGGAGGCCCAGGGGCUCUCGUUCUUCCAGUCCAGAAUUAUUACGACACUUUCGGCGGACGAAGCUGCUAUCUACGCCCAGUCGCGCGCCCUGAUCGACUGGAAUACCCGGAAUACUUUCUGCGGCACAUGCGGCAACCCCACGUUGGCGGUCAAUGCCGGUACGAAACGCGCUUGUCCCUCCACAGAUGCCGCGCAGGUGUCCGACGGCAAGUCCGACGAGCGUCCAGCAUGUAACACGCGGACCACGCUGUCGAACCUGUCGUUCCCCCGCACUGACCCCACCAUCAUCGUGGCCGUGGUGUCCGCCGACGCCAAGCGCAUCCUCCUCGGCCGGUCCAAGCGCUUCCCGCCAAAUUGGUACUCCACCUUGGCCGGAUUCAUCGAGCCGGCGGAGUCGAUCGAGGACGCUGUUCGGAGAGAAGUAUACGAGGAGUCGGGCGUUAUCCUGUCGCGAGUCGUCAUCCACUCGUCGCAGCCGUGGCCAUACCCGGCGAAUCUGAUGAUCGGGGCAAUUGCACAGGUCAGUGAUCCGGCGCACGAGACGAUUUCUCUCGAGCAUGAUCCCGAACUGGAAGAUGCGCGCUGGUUCGAUAUCGAGGAGGUGGAAGAGGCUCUGCGCAUAGGGACGAGUGACUUGAGCGCCAAGGCCGGUCCGGAGUAUAAGGGUGGUCUGCGACUGCCGCCUCCGACUGCGAUUGCGAAUCAGUUGAUCCAGUCUGCUGUGCGGGCGGAGUAUUUUUCAGGAAAGAAUUCGAAGAUGUGA